AUGGUUCCCGAAAACAGCAGGACUGAAUCGUCCCCCCUCCUGCACCAUGACACUGAAGCCGGGAACAGCGAAUCCUUCAAGUCAGGAUGGCGGCUAGAAUUAUCAAUCAUUUCUAAAUACACAGCCCCACUCAUGAUAGCGCUCCUCCUUCAGCAUGCAUUGACCGGUUCUAGCAUUUUCAUGGUGGGCCAUCUGGGGAAGAAGGAGAUCGGAGCCGUGAGCUUGGCGAACAUGACCGCCCAGAUCACCGGCUACUUCGUCUUCCAGGGCCUGGCUACUUGUCUGGACACAUUAUGUCCGCAGGCUUACGGUUCUGGAAAACCGACUAUGGUUGGACUGCACGUCCAGCGAUUAACGCUAUUCAUGCUCGUUCUCAUCAUUCCCAUCGGUGCCAUUUGGUUCAAUGCAGACCGUAUCUUCCUCUUGAUUUUACCGGAUGAGUCUAAAGAGACUGCUAUCCUCGCCGGACUGUAUUUGAGAAUUGCGAUCCUGGGCGCUCCCGGCUAUGCGUGUUUUGAGUCCGGAAAGCGCUUUUUCCAGGCCCAGGGUAUGUUUGGUGCCAGUCUGGCUGUCCUUUUGGUUUGCUCCGUGUUGAAUAUUUUCAUGGGCUGGCUAUUUGUUUGGAAAUUGCAAUGGGGGUUUGUUGGUGCACCGAUCGCCGUUGCAAUUGCAAACAGUCUUCUUCCAGUUUUCUUAGCACUCUACGUCAUCUUCGUCAAUGGAUCCGAGUGCUGGCAUCCUAUCUCGAUGGAGAUCUGGUACGGCUGGGGUCCGAUGUUGCGCCUUGCUAUCCCAAGCUGGCUGAUGAUCGAAGCCGAGGUUCUCGCCUGGGAGUUCAUGACCUUGACAUCAUCCCGACUGGGUGCUACUGAACUUGCAGCCCAAGCAGCUCUCUCAACACUUGCCGACUUUGCGUUCCAGGUUUCGUUCUCAAUCGCUGUUGCCGGUGGAACGCACGUCGCCUAUCUGGUUGGAUCGGGCUUUUUGCAGCGCGCUGCCACAGCAUCUAGAGUCAUGGUAUGCUCCUCCUUCGGCUCUGGCAUUGCAAACAUGGUUGUGAUAUUUGCUCUUCGUGGUGUCAUUCCUGGUCUCUUUAGCGAUAUUGGGGAGGUCUGGCAUUAUAUCUACUUCUUGCUGCCUCUGGGUGCAGUUGUUCAAAUAUCCGACUCUGUGGCUACAUCUCUCAAUAGUCUUCUGCGGGCUGUCGGCCGACCAGACCUGGGUAGCUAUGUUCAACUCUCGGUAUAUUACCUCGUCGGUGUCACCCUGGCUUUUGCUUUGGAUUGGAGCAUAUUUGGACUGUGGUGUGGAAUCCUUGUCGGCCAAGCCAUUAUUGUGCUGGUUGAAGGUUUCUAUUUCUGGAAGAUGGUCGAUUGGGCUAAAGCGUCCCAAGAAGCGAUAGAGCGAAUCACUGCUUUCUUUAAGCACCACAUCAUCUAG